AUGCCUAUUUUAAAACUCAAUGGAAAUAUUCAUUGGCUAAUAGUUGAAAGGUCUUUAGAAGGUUGUUCUUGUAGAACAAUAGCAAGACAACUUAAUAUUAGACGAUCUAGAAUACUUGGAGUUGAUGAUAUAAA